AUGCCACCCCAAGAAACACCACAAGUGGACCCAGUCCCCAGUGGGGUCCUAUUCGAGACUGACACCCAAACAGCUGAUCUGGGACUAGACAAAGACGUUUCAGUGCUGAAGAAAGCGACGCCCCGAAAACAUCAGCUCGUAUGGGGGAAUAUAAUCUGGUUUCUUUAUUUGCACAUCGCCUCUUUGUACGGGAUUUAUUUGGUAUUCACAUCAGCGAAGUGGCAGACUAAUGUUUUUGCAUUCUUAGUCCAUUUAAUGUGCGCCAUCGGCAUCGGCGCAGGGUCUCAUCGACUAUGGACACAUAGAAGUUACAAGGCCCGCACUCCUCUUAGAACACUUCUUAUGAUUUGGCAAACCAUGGGUUUCCAGGACUGCAUCUUUGAAUGGGCUCGCGAUCAUCGAACACAUCACAAAUACGCAGACACUGACGCUGACCCUCACAACGCUGAACGUGGCUUGUUCUUCUCACACAUGGGCUGGCUUUGCUGCAAAAAGAGCCCAGAAGUCAUUGAAGGUGGCAAGCGAAUCGAUCUUAGGGAUUUGUAUAACGAUCCUGUGGUUAUGUUCCAGAGGAAACACUACAUGAAGAUGAUGCCAAUUUUAUGCUUCGUAAUUCCAACAGUGAUCCCUGUGUACUUCUGGAAUGAGACUUGGCUUAAUGCUUUCAUGAUUCCAACCAUCCUGAGAUACACAAUUGGCAUCAAUGUCGUGUGGAGCAUCAAUAGUUUUGCGCACACUUUCGGAUACAGACCAUAUGAUAAAUCACUAAAUCCUCGUGAUAACAUCGCCACUUGGAUGAUCUGCGUGGAAGGGUUCCACAACUACCAUCACACCUUCCCAUGGGACUACAGGGCGACUGAAUACCCUCUAUGGAACAUGCUCACACCCACUAUCGUAUUCAUCGACAUGAUGGCUAAGAUUGGCCAAGCAUACGACCUCAAGAGCGUUACUCCUGAUAUCAUCAAGCAACGAGCGCAGAGAACAGGCGAUGGCACACAUUAUCUCUGGGGCUGGGAUGACCCUGAGUUUACUGAGAAACUGAAGGCCCAACUUGGAGUCGUUACAAACUGCGAAGACAGAAAAACCGCUUAAAAUCGUCAUCCGUCAAAAGACGAUCUGGCCCAACAGAAUGCUACCAAAGGAUCGUCUUCCUGCGGUCUUGGUUGAUCAUCAGUACCUCUUGUGGGCGUCAUCCACAACUUGCUAUAACUUAAUGAAUAAUCAGUACAGAGUACUAAAAAAACCGACCUCAAAAGUACGUGGAAUUACGUCUAUUUGCUAAGUUU